UGCAGGUGUUUAUUAUAGACUUAUUCCAUCCAAUCCAGUCUAUCUGGUCAACACUACCAGAGAACUUUGACACUACAGUGAUCAACAUGGUUUUACUGCAAUUCGAACCCGAACCACUGGGUGGCGCAAACCUUGUUAGCAUGAUACCACACUAAACAAAGAAGAGAAAGAAAAAAAAGGUGAAAAAACAAUACCGGUAGCCUAACGUUACAGAUCCAAAAAAUGGGUUUUCUCAACCAGAAUUUUCGCUUCGUUAAUAGGAAAUAUGCACUCGCUAAACUCUGUACAGACUCAAAAGUGACUUUACAACUUUCACCCGGAGGACAGAACAGUUUUUUUGAUGAAGCCAUUCACGUGAAAGUCAACGGACUCGGCCCUGACCGGUCGGUGGAGGUACGGUGCAAACUUGCAGAUAGUAGAGGAGUUUCAUUCGAAGGGAAGGGCACCUACUGUGCGGACAAAUGCGGAUUGAUCGACUUGAACAGGUGUCCGUCGCUGGGUGGCACAUACAGUGGAGUUCAGCCGAUGGGACUCUUUUCUUCACUGCGACCCCUGGUUCCGCACAGCAGGUUCACCAUUAGGGACGUGUCCAAACCAUUAUCAAUUGACAUUGAAGUACUGAGUGAUGGGCAGGUCCUUGCUCACCAGACUGUCUACAGGCGCUUCAUGGCAGAUGGCGUGCAAAGAGUUCCGUUGGAAGGUGGAAACAUAAGAGGCUCCCUAUUCCUGCCACCUGGACCUGGCCCAUUCCCCGCCAUUCUAGACGUGCCUCACUUGGGUGGUGGUUUGACAGAAGUACGGGCAAGCCUGCUGGCGAAUAAAGGAUAUGUGGUCAUGGCUUUGGCUUAUCAUGGUUAUCAGGAUUUGCCAAAAGCCUUGGACAAACUUCACCUUGAGUACUUUGAGGAGGCUGUGGGAUUCUUGCGCUCUCACCCCAAGGUAAGAGGCCCGGGCAUAGGGAUCCUCUCCAUCUCCAAGAGUGGCGAUCUGGCCCUUGCAGCGUCGGCGCUCCUGCCUGGAAUCUCAGCCACUGUCUCCAUCAAUGGCUGCAACGGCACUACCGUCUUUCCUCUCCACUACAAAGGCCAUGUGUUCCCUCCUCUCCACGUCGAUACCAGCGACAUCAUCUUCAGGGAGGAUGGACUCCUGGAUAUAAGAGACGGACUGCUAGAUCCCACGUUAGAAGUAAACCGUGACUCAGUGAUUCCCAUCGAACGUGCAAGUUGCCGUUUCUUGUUUGCGGCUGCUGAAGAUGACAGGAACUGGAACAGUCUGUUGUUCAGUCAACAGGCAGCGCAGCGGCUGAGGGAUCAUGGGAAGGAGAAUUUUGAGGUGGUGCACUACCCUAAGGCAGGCCACUUCCUGGAUGUGCCCUUCAUGCCGCACUGCCCAACCAGUUUCCACCCAGCUGUGGGCACAGUGGUGGUGCUGGGAGGAGAGCAGGAAGCUCACUGCCAGGCCCAGGUUGACCUGUGGAAGAGGAUCCAGGUGUUUUUUAACCAACAUCUAUUUCCAAAAUACACAUCCUUCUUCACCUGUCCGCGUCCAAACUCUGCACUGCCCCGUCCGUCCCUCGGAGCUAUGGUGAAAGAGGGCGGGGUUGGAGUCAUUUCCAUAUCCAAGAGUGGCGAUCUGGCUCCGUCCAUGGCUGCCUAUUUGCCAGCAGUACAUGCCGCCAUCACCAUCAACGGCUGUUGUUUCAACACUCUGUCUCCCCUCGCCUACAAAAACACCGUCAUCCCUGCCAUGUUGCCUGACCCACAGAAUAUCAUCAUCACAGAGCAAGGAGUUCUAGACGUUAGCCAGGUCAUGCCGGAUCCCUCCACCAAAGAGAGCUUGGCCUCUGCCAUUCCCAUCGAGCGCGCCGCGGACUGCCACUUCCUGUUUGUGGUCUCGGAGGACGAUAAGAACUGGAACAGCGUUCUGUACGCAGAGCUGGCUGCCCAGAGGCUGAGGGAUUAUGGGAAGGAGAAUUUUGAGGUGGUGCGCUACCCUAAGGCAGGCCACUUCCUGGACGUGCCCCUCAUGCCCUUCUGCCCCUCUGGGGUUCAUGCGGGAGUGGGCAAGGUGGUGCUGUUUGGGGGCGGGGCCAAGGUCAAUGCCCACGCCCACGUGGACCUGUGGGGGAGAGUGCAGCAGUUUUUCAGGACGCAUUUGGACAGAGGACAGUCAUCGUUUAAAUCAAAGCUGUGA